AUGCGUUUCGGUUCCAUCUUCUCCCUCGCAGCUGCGCUGCUGAGCGCCACCGUCGAGGCGUACGGCAACCCCGGCGCCUGCUCGGGCCAGUGCUGGAGUCACGACCCUUCUGUUAUUCGCCGCGAUGACGGUACCUACUUCCGUUUCGAAACCGGCAGCAAGAUCGGCAUCUGGAAGGCUCCCGACUUGGUCGGUCCCUGGACCUACCAGGGCGCCGCUCUGCCCGCCGGCAGCAAGAUCAACCUUAAGGGCAACGAUGACCUCUGGGCCCCCGAUGUGAACAAGGUCGGCAACCAGUACAUUCUCUACUACACCGUUUCGUCCUUCGGUGUUCAGAACUCCGCCAUCGGCUAUGCUACCUCGCCCACCAUGGAGUUCGGCUCCUGGACCGACCAGGGCGCGACAGGUGUCGCUUCCAAGGCCGGCAGCCGAUACAACGCCAUCGACGCCCAGCUCGUCAAGUCUGGAAGCACCUACUACCUCAACUUCGGCUCCUUCUGGGAGAACAUCUUCCAGGUCCCCCUGAACGCAGCCGCCACCAAGGCCAACGGUAACCCGUACAACAUCAUUUUCAACGGCACGGCCCCGCAGCCUGUUGAGGGUCCCUUCAUCUACGAGCGAAGCGGCACCUUCUGGGCCUUCUUUAGCUCCGGCUCCUGCUGUGGCCUCGACCGCAACCGCCCUACUCCCGGAAACGAGUAUAAGAUCUUUGUCUGCCGCGCGUCCUCGGUCAAUGGCCCGUACACGGACAAGAGCGGCAAGAGCUGCACCAACGGCGGCGGCACUCUUCUCCUCGCCAGCCACAACAAGAUCUACGCUCCCGGCGGACAGGGUGUCUUGGCCGACCCCAAGCGUGGCGCCGUUCUCUACUACCACUACAUGAACACCGACAUUGGAAUCGCCGACUCCCAAACCCAGUUUGGCUGGAACGUUAUCUCCUGGUCGGGUGGCUGGCCUACCGUUUAA